CCUCAGUAGAAGCCAAGCAGAGCGGAGUGACUACUCGGGUUCACGCAGCAGUCUCUCUCCCUCCUCAGUUCCUGUUUCCGCCUUCAGUCUUCAGACAGCCAUACAACUCAAAGCAUCGUCGGGCUGAAUAAAGACCUUCGAGAAAUACAAGCUUUGUGAGAUAAAGCCUGAGGGAAGUACUCUGUAGGGAGAGAGAGAAGUACUGAGCCAUCUGCCGGCCCACCAGAGGGCUACUGAGACACGGAGGGUCAACAACGGUCAGCCAACCGGACCCAGGCUCAGCACAGGCCCGGUCCAGCCAAACCCAGACAGGAGGGAAGACCCAGACAUACCUCACACCGCACUAAACCCGGGAGGAGCCGUAGCCAUGCAUUAACUAACACCGGCAACCCAGCUCCUUCCAGAAACAAAACCACGCCCCCUCUGUCGACAUUCUCGCCAUGCCUCAGGGCCCGUUGUGACGGGAGUGCUGCCCCCAGCCCCUUUCCCUUAACCGCCCGGAGCCCCAGAGGGCUGUACGAUGCGUCCGUGGGCGGGUUCGUGGCGCUGGAUCAUGCUGGUGCUGCUGGCCUGGGGCACGCUGCUGUUUUACAUCGGAGGUCACCUGGUGAGAGACAGUGAGCACCCGGAGAGAUCCAGCAGAGAGCUGUCCAAGAUCCUGGCCAAGUUGGAGAGACUGAAGCAGCAGAAUGAGGACCUGAGGAGAAUGGCAGAGACACUCAGGUUACCAGAAGGCCAGUCGGAUGGAGGCCCGGUGGUGAGUGCCAGCAGACUGAAGUCCCUGGAGGAGCAGCUGAUCAGAGCCAAGGAACAGAUCAACUCCUACCGUAGCCUGCCUGGAGAUGGGCCAGGCAGGAACCAGGAAGAGUUGAGGAGGAAGGUGGAGAACGGGGUGAGAGAGCUCUGGUACUUCGUUCGCAGUGAGGUCAAGAAGCUGGGACACAAAGAACCUGCGGACCUGCAGAAACACAUCGACACCCUGCUGCAGGAGCUGGGUCACCAGCAGAGGUCCAUCAUGACAGACCUGCACUACCUGAGUGAGGCAGAUGGAGCAGGAGAAUGGAGGGAGAAGGAGGCCAAGGACCUGUCUAACCUGGUUCAGAACAGGAUUACUUUUCUCCAGAACCCCCAGGACUGCUCCAAGGCCAGGAAGCUGGUGUGUAACAUCAACAAGGGCUGUGGGUACGGCUGCCAGCUGCACCACGUGGUCUACUGCUUCAUGAUCGCCUACGGCACCCAGCGCACCCUCAUCCUGGAGUCCCAGAACUGGCGCUACGCCACGGGCGGCUGGGAGACCGUCUUCCUGCCGGUCAGCCGGACCUGCACCGACCGCACCGGGGCGACCACAGGGCACUGGUCAGGUGAGGCUAACGACAGGGACAUCCAGGUUGUGGAGUUACCUAUCGUGGACAGCCUGCACCCCCGACCCCCUUACCUGCCACUGGCCAUCCCGGAGGACCUGGCUGAUCGCCUCCACCGUCUCCAUGGGGACCCGUCGGUCUGGUGGGUGUCCCAGUUUGUCAAGUACUUGAUCCGUCCCCAGGCCUGGCUGGAGAAGGAGAUCCAGGAGACCACCGUCAAACUGGGCUUCAGACACCCCAUCAUAGGCGUCCAUGUGCGGCGGACAGACAAGGUGGGGACCGAGGCAGCCUUCCAUCCAAUAGAGGAGUACAUGGUGCACGUUGAGGACCACUUUGAACACCUGGCCAGACGCAUGGUGGUGGACAAGAAGAGGGUCUACCUGGCCACUGAUGACCCCUCACUACUGCAGGAGGCCAAGGCUAAGUACCCAGACUAUGAGUUCAUUAGCGAUAACUCCAUCUCGUGGUCGGCGGGGCUCCACAACCGCUACACAGAGAACUCUUUGAGAGGUGUCAUCCUGGAUAUUCACUUCCUGUCCCAGACCAACUUCCUGGUUUGCACCUUUUCCUCCCAGGUUUGUCGUGUGGCCUACGAGAUCAUGCAGACCCUCCACCCUGACGCCUCAUCCCACUUCCAUUCCCUGGACGACAUCUACUACUUCGGGGGACAGAACGCCCACAACCAGUUAGCCGUGUACGCCCACCAGCCACGGAGCGUCGACGACAUUCCCCUGGAGCCCGGCGACCUGAUCGGGGUGGCUGGAAACCACUGGGACGGCAACUCCAAGGGCAUCAACCGCAAGACUGGUCGCACCGGCCUCUAUCCGUCCUACAAGGUGAAGGAGAAGAUUGAGACGGUGAAGUAUCCCACGUACCCCGAGGCAGACAAGAUGCUGAAUCAGUAGGGACACGGAGAUCAAGACUGCUGCACAGACAGACAGACACUGUCCACUUACGAGAGGAGACUUAGACGGACACCCACGGCCAGAGAGAGAGGACGAUGGGGGAAAGCACUUUGAAGCGUGGGUAUUGGUCUGCCGAGUGUGUGGGGAUGACUGCUUGAGCUUGCAUGUGUGAAUGCUACAUGCGUGUGUAUGUACACGCGUGUGCGUAUGUGUGACGGCGUGUAUGUGUCAAGGAGGUUUCUACAGGGUAUCUGAUGUACUCUUCUCUAUACCCUUCGGCACUGGGGACCUCCAGGGACUCCAUACAACAGGGUGGUAAAUAAAGGACUACAAGGAACGGAGGAACGGAAACAGACGAGGACUAAAUGAAGGCUAGAUCUCCGGUGGAUUUAUGAAGGGAUCGCCCAAUCACAGCUCUUUAUUUAAAAGAUUACUGAAGUUUAAAUUUAAAUAAUUACCGAAAUGACUGAGAACCCUCAGAAUGAUGACUGGAAGAAAAUGAAAAAAAGAACCACAAAAAGAACUUAUUGUGAACUACAAGAACCAACAAACAAACACUUGACUUUCUCCCCUCCUGUGCGGUUCUCUCCUAUUCUUGUGGACAUUGACUGCAUCGAACUCUCCUUGUUGUAGCCAAAUGUUUUUCUUCCCUCUUUCUUCCCUGCCUCCCCUCCCUCUGGUCUUUUCACUCCUUUCUUCACUCACUUCAUUUAAAUUCACGCCAGCUGAUGCAUCUUUUCUUUUUCCACUCGCUAUUCAUUUUUCACUGCCAUAUCGUGCUUUUGGAUGGGUAAUAUUUACAUUUUCACGUUGUCGUUGGUUUGUGUGAGAGUGUGUGUGAGCAUUUUUGCGUGUGUUUGUGUGGGUGCGUGUGGUUGUGGUUGUGAGUCCAAAUAUUGGUGCCUACAAAGUAAAAUAGCUACUGUACUGUUUUGGUCAGAGCCAUGAAAACCCUGGCAUUGCCAUGCAGAAUACUGUACACUCCAGUCCAGACUCAUUAACGGUGUCUUACUCAUUCUCAUGUCCUUUUUUUUUUUACAUUUUAUUUUAAUGUUAUUUGAAUUUUAAAAGAAAAAGAACAAUGAAAACGUGAAAACAACACAUUUUUAAAAGAUUCCAAACAACUAUUAACAAAUGCUGAUGAUAAAAUGUAUGAAGGUGAUAAAGAUUAUGAAGAAUAUUAUUGUCAUAACAGAGUUUUGUCCACCAUAAGAUGUUCAUAUUUUAUGUUUCUGGGCAUUGUCUUUGAUAAAAGCAGAUCAAAUAAAAUGGUCGACUUGA